AUGGCAAACGACGAGUAUGAUUUUCUUUUCAAAGUGGUGCUUAUCGGAGACUCGGGUGUCGGUAAAUCUAACCUGCUGAGUCGAUUCACCCGCAACGAAUUCAACCUGGACUCGAAGUCCACCAUCGGCGUGGAGUUUGCGACUCGCUCGAUCCAGGUCGACUCCAAGACAAUCAAGGCACAGAUUUGGGAUACUGCCGGUCAGGAGCGCUAUCGUGCCAUCACCUCUGCUUAUUACCGUGGGGCUGUUGGUGCCCUCCUCGUCUAUGAUAUCAGCAAGCACCAGACCUACGAGAAUGUCAACCGGUGGUUGAAGGAGCUGCGGGACCAUGCCGACUCUAACAUCGUGAUCAUGCUUGUCGGUAACAAGAGUGAUUUGAGGCACUUGCGUGCGGUCCCCACUGAGGAGGCCAAACAGUUUGCCAGCGAGAACAACCUUUCCUUUAUCGAGACCUCUGCUCUUGACGCCAGCAACGUCGAACUUGCUUUCCAGAACAUCCUCACAGAAAUCUACCGCAUCGUUUCGAUCAAGGCCCCCGACGCUGGCGACUCGAGCUCAAACCAGCCCGGUCAAGGCCGACCCGUUAUCGAUUUCACCCCGCAGGAGAAUGACCAGAAGCAGGGCUGCUGCUAG